AUGAACUCGCUCCCGGGAAGAGCCGCGCUGUCUCUGUGCAGGAGCACGGCGGCCGGCGGGAUGAGGGUCUUCGCCGGCUCCCCGGGUCGCCCCGCCGGUGCCGUGCCGGUGGACGGGGCCUCUCUCCGGGCUGUGCGGGUCUGCCACUCCGGGACGAGCCGCCAGGGCAGCACGACUACCAAGAAGCGGGGCUACGACAUCACCAGGAACCCGCACCUCAAUAAGGGAAUGGCGUUCACCCUGGAGGAGCGCUUACAGCUGGGCAUCCACGGCCUGCUGCCCCCUUGCUUCCUCUCCCAGGAUGUGCAAGUACUGCGUGUCAUGAAGAGCUACGAAACGCGUGCCGAUCCUUUGGACAAGUACAUCCUGCUAAUGACGCUGCAGGACAGGAACGAGAAGUUGUUCUACCGUUUGCUGACCUCUGACAUCGAGGAGUUCAUGCCCAUCGUGUACACUCCCACGGUGGGCCUGGCCUGCCAACAGUACGGACACGCCUUCAGGAGACCCCGGGGACUCUUCAUCACCAUCCACGAUAGAGGCCACAUCGCUACCAUGCUCAACUCCUGGCCCGAGGCAGACAUAAAGGCCGUCGUGGUGACGGACGGGGAGCGUAUCCUCGGUCUGGGGGACCUGGGAACCUACGGCAUGGGCAUUCCCGUCGGGAAGCUGGCGCUCUACACGGCCUGCGGCGGCGUUCAGCCCCAGCAGUGUCUCCCCGUGCUGCUGGACGUCGGCACCGAUAACCAGGCGCUGCUGGACGACCCCUUGUACAUCGGACUGAAGCACAAGAGAAUCCGAGGGAAGGAGUACGACGAGUUGAUUGACGAGUUCAUGCAGGCAGUGACAGACAAGUACGGGAUGAGCUGCCUGAUUCAGUUUGAGGAUUUCGCCAACAGCAACGCCUUUCGCAUCCUCAACAAAUACAGGAAUCGAUACUGCACCUUCAACGAUGACAUCCAGGGCACGGCCUCGGUAGCCGUUGCCGGGAUGUUGGCUGCUCUGAAGAUCACCAAGAAUACACUCUUGGACCACACCGUCGUGUUCCAAGGGGCGGGCGAGGCUGCUCUGGGAAUCGCUCACCUGCUCAUGAUGGCCAUGGCCAAAGAGGGAAUAAGUAGAGAAGAAGCUGCCAAGAGAAUCUGGAUGGUGGACUCAAAGGGUCUCAUUGUGAAGGGACGAGGUAAUCUCAACCACGAGAAGCAGGAGUUUGCUCAUGAUCACCCGCACAUAAAGACUCUGGAGGAAGUGGUGGCCACCGUCAAACCCACCGCCAUCAUAGGAGUGGCAGCUGUCGCAGGAGCGUUCACUGAGAAGAUCAUCAAAGACAUGGCGUCCUUCAAUGAGAGGCCGAUCAUCUUCGCCCUGAGUAAUCCCACCAGCAAGGCGGAGUGCACCGCAGAGCAGUGCUACCAGCUCACGGAGGGCCGGGGCAUCUUUGCCAGUGGAAGUCCGUUUGACAAAGUGACAAUGGCUGACGGACGCACCUUUGUCCCCGGCCAGGGAAACAAUGCCUACGUCUUCCCCGGAGUUGCUUUGGGUGUCAUUGCUUGUGGAGUACGCCACAUAUCUGAUGACAUCUUCCUCACCACAGCAGAGGCGAUAGCUGGUAUGGUAACAGAGGAGAACUUGGCAGAGGGAAGACUCUAUCCUCCUCUCAACUCCAUAAGGGAGGUGUCCUUCAAGAUCGCAGUGAAGAUCGUCAACUAUGCGUACAAAAACAACAUGGCGUCACUGUACCCCGAGCCGAAAGACAAGGAGGCCUUUGUGCUGUCUCACAUCUACAGUCCGGACUACGACUCCUUCGCUCUGGACACAUACAGCUGGCCACAGGAAGCCAUGAAUGUCCAGGACGUGUGAUCCUGUCUCUCACUCCCCAAACUCUGUGUGCUGAUGUGGUGUCACGUACGAUCUCUUUGCCAAUGAUCCUCGCCUCUUCGCUUUCUCUUUGUUUCUGUCUUUCAUUUAUAAACGUCAGUGACUCCGUAGUGAGUUGUAUACCUGUCUUUUCAGAAAAUGAGCUUCUUGUUUUAUCAGUUCUGCGUACCCGAUUGAAGGUGUUGACUAAGUAAAAUAUGUUAUGGUCACACUCAUGGCCAGCAUAUGAAAUAUCUUAAGCGUGACCUAAUAUGAUUUAAGCAACAUGAACGACACUCCUUACGUUAGAUUGUCCAGCUAAGAUGUUGUUGUAUCCUUUUUUUCCCAGAGACAAAUCAACAAAAAUAUAUAGUGAUCAAUAACGCACAAUGCUUCCUCUUGUCUAAACACAACUGAACAGAGGACUCAUUAUAAAGCUUUAAAAACCAGAUGAAAAUGAACAGAAACUUCCAGGAUUCACUGCUACACUCCUUCCAUCUGCCCCGUUUAGACUUAAAAACACUCCGUCUACGUCUCUGCCGCCCUGUGAGAACCAGUCAUUCUUAACGGGAGGGACUUCUCUUAAUGUGUUCAGAUGAGGCAUUUUGGGGGAUAUGGAGUCACCAUCAGGAUGUUUUUGUAUUAUCAUUUUUUUUUCUUUUAGUUUUGUACAGAGAUCUCCUGUUGUGGUGUUUUAGCCAAAGUUGCAGAUGAACUAUCUUCUAUUUGACUCCUAGAGAACAUGAUACUCUUGCAAGCCUUAGUAUUGGCAGAUAUGCGCAAAUGUUUUUCAAGGGAACAGGAAACUUUUAAAAUAAAAUUGUAAGCAAAACAUUAAA